CAGGUUCAAACAAAAAAACAUUACGUUAAAAAAUUCGAAGAAAAUUUUAAAAACUGAUGUUUCUCUAUCCCCGCCUCAGAGUUCUUCUCCAUUCCCAAACCCCAAAAUGUCACCUUCUCCACUCUCUCAAUUCCUUCUCCACAACUUCAGAUUCAACUCAAAACUCUUUCACCAUAUCCUACCUCACCAACAAUUGCGGUUUAUCUCCACAAGACGCUCUCAAAGCAUCAAAACGCAUCCAUUUCACCACCCCCGACAAACCCGAUUCCGUUGUCUCCUUCUUCAAAAACCACGGUUUCUUCAAUCACCACAUACAAACCAUCAUCCUCAAGGAUCCUGAGCUUUUAGUCUCGAACCCCAUCAAAUCCCUUUUGCCAAAGUUCCAAUUUUUAUCCUCCAAAGGCGUUUCUCCCACCGACAUAGUCGCCACCGUCAUCAGAAGCCCUCGUUUCCUUCGUGUAAGCCUUGAGAAACACAUCAUCCCUGCUUUUGAAUUGGUACGAAGUUUCUGUCCCUCUGAUCAAAAAGCUGUUGAUUCAAUUAUUGUUUGUCCCACUUCCAUUAGUGAUGGUCGCAUGAAACCAAAUCUUCAAUUUUUAAUUGAUUUUGGGGUAACCCCUUCUUGUAUUUACCAUUUCCUUAGGACUAGACCUUCGAUUAUAUGUUCUAAUGAUUUGAGAAAAGCUGUGGAAGAAAUUAAGGAAUUAGGGUUUGACACUUCCAAAGUCAGUUUUGGUGUGGCAUUAUUGGCCAAAAGGGCUAUCACAAAAUCCCAAUGGGAUGCCAAAAUUGAUGUCUUGAAGAGAUGGGGUUGCUCUGAAGAUGCAAUUUUUAAUGCUUUUAAGAGGCAACCCAACUUUAUGCUCAGGUCGCCGGAGAAACUCAAUGCAGUGAUGAGUUUUUGGGUCGAUGAGCUCGGUUGGGAUGCUUCUGUGCUGAUGGCUGCACCGACGCUUUUUGGGUAUAGUAUAGAGAAAAGGCUUACUCCAAGGGCUUUGAUUGUGAAGUAUCUUCUAUCCAAAGGUUUGAUUAAGGAGGGUGCUAGCUUAGCUACACCAUUUAACGUGACUGAUGCACAUUUCCAGCGAAGGUAUGUGAAACGGUUUAAGGAAACAUCGAAGUUGUUAAAGCUAAAUUAGGGAGAAUGCUAGCAUCUUGUGCUUGGUUAAGUUAUGAAUAUUUAUAUACAUUUUGGUGGUGCUGUCAAAACCAGACGUAUUAUGUUUCUUAAUGUCAUUCUAGUUGCAGUAUUUUGACAUGUAGGUUCGCAAUUCUAAUUUUAGAAAAUGGUUCUCUGGUUGAUGAAUUGAGUUUGAUUGUAUUUUUGAAAUUUGCGUAUUUGGAACUUGGAACCGUUUUGGGUUUAAGUCACAAUUCUGGCCUAUAUCACUAGUUUUGUAUUUUUAUGAAUAAUUGAUCCAAGAGAUCCAUUGGUUUUGCAGUUGGAAAAUAUGAUUGCUUUA